AUGAAUCUCCGAUACGAUGGACAGGUGGUGGUCGUUACUGGGGCUGGCUCUGGGCUGGGCAAAGCCUACGCCAAAUUCUUCGCUGCCAGAGGCGCCAGUGUCGUAGUCAAUGACCUUGGAACAUCUUUGAGAGGUGUCGGACAGGGUUAUAAGGCAAGAGGCACUUUGACUCUCUUGGCACGUUUUGCUGCUAACCUCCAUAAAACACAGAGCGCAGAUGCAGUUGUCAGCGAGAUUGUUGCCGAGGGCGGUAAAGCGGUAGCAGAUCAUCACUCGGUCGAGGACGGUGCUGCUAUAGUUCAAACGGCGAUUUCCUCCUUUGGCCGUAUUGAUAUUCUCAUCAAUAACGCUGGAAUCCUGCGUGACGUGAGCUUCAAAAACAUGACAGAUGCAGAUUGGGACUCGGUCCAGGCAGUUCACAUGAGAGGUGUGUAUAAGACGACACAAGCUGCAUGGAUCCACUUCCGCAAACAGAAGUUUGGAAGAGUCAUAUUGACCUCAUCCGCUGCUGGGCUGUACGGCAACUUCGGUCAGUGCAACUAUGCUGCUGCCAAGUCCGGGAUGAUUGGUCUCGGCGAGACUCUGGCCAAGGAAGGGUUGAAAUACAAUAUCUUGACAAACAUCAUUGCUCCGGUGGCUGCUAGUCGCAUGACAGCCACCGUGAUGCCACCGGACCUACUUCAACAUCUGACACCAGAAUGGGUAGUGCCACUAGUCGCGGUCCUUAGUCACCAAAGCAACACAUCCGAGAAUGGUUCCAUUUUCGAGGUCGGUGCAGGACACGUUUCGAAGAUUCGAUGGGAGAGAUCGAAAGGAGCCAUUCUCAGGUGCGAUGAGACAUUGACACCAGGGGCUGUGCUUGGGAAAUGGGAUGAAAUCAACGACUUCACAAACGCCGACUAUCCCACCACUACCGCCAACUUAGUCGAGCUUCUGAAGCGCGCACAGAACCUUCCACCUAAUAGACAGCGGGACGAGGUACGAUUUGAUGGAAGAGUAGCUGUUGUGACAGGUGGAGGUGCUGGACUCGGUAGAGCGUAUUGCAUUGGACUAGCCAAACUCGGAGCAUUUAUUGUUGUUAAUGACUGGAAAGACCCACAGAGCGCUGUCAACAAAAUCAAAUCGCUGGGCGGAGUGGCUGUUCCGGACAAUCACUCGGUAGAAGACGGUGAUGCUGUUAUCGGUACUGCGAUCCGUGCCUUUGGGAGGAUCGACAUAUUGAUCAACAACGCGGGUAUACUAAGAGACAAAGCCUUCCAGAAUAUGACGGAAAAGAUGUGGGACGAUGUGAACAACAUCCAUCUGCGAGCAACCUACAAGUGUGCGCGAGCAGCAUAUCCCUACAUGGUUAAGCAGAAGUACGGCCGCAUCGUGAACACAACGAGUACGAGCGGAACCUACGGGAAUUACGGGCAGGCAAACUAUGCCGCAGCAAAAACAGCAAUUGCAGGCUUCUCCAGAGCCUUGGCCAUAGAAGGUCUAAAGAACAAUGUUGUGGUUAAUUGCAUCUCGCCAUCAGCCGGUACCAACCUUACGAAGGGAGUGCUCCCAGAAGAGGUAGUAAGAUCUCGUAAGCCGGAAUAUGUAGCGGCGAUGGUGCUGCUCCUUUCAUCCGACAAGGUUCCUAAUGAUGCCAGCGGCAGGAUCUUCGAGGCCGGUUGUGGCUGGCAGGCAGUGACGAGAUAUCAACGAUCAGAUGGCUACGACUUCCCAGUCGACAGUCCCCUUACUCCGGAGCUUCUGCUCGAGAAGUGGAGAGACAUAGUCUCAUUCACUCCUGGAAAGACGUCUACCCCUACUAAUGCUGCGGAUACUCGCCAACGGAUUAUGGCAAACAUUGCUAGAUUGGACAAGUCCUCGUCAGGCAGCCAGCGCUGGCUCAAGGCUAUUGAAAAGGCAAAGAAUGCGAAGACUCAGCCAGCUGAAAUGAGCUUUGUUGACAAAGACAUUAUACUGUACAACUUAUCCAUUGGAGCCAGCAUAUCACAGCUUCCCUGGGUAUUCGAAAAGCACCCCGACUUUGAGGUCAUCCCAUCUUUUGGUGUCAUUCCAGGCACGACCACAGCCAGACCGUUCGAUCUUAAGGAUCUGGUGCCGAACUUCUCCUACAAGAGACUGCUACACGGGGAGCAUUACCUUGAGAUCCACAGGUUUCCCAUCCCCACUGUAGGGACUUUUGUAUCUGAGAGCAAACUCAUCGAUAUUCUGGAUAAGGGCAAAGCUGCGGUAGCGAUUAUCGGCACUACAACUUGCGACAAGACUACAGGGGAGAAGAUAUUCUACAAUGAGCUGACUCUUUUCCUACGUGGUGCUGGUGGCUUCGGCGGUACCCCCACCAGGAGCGACAGAAGCAAGGGCACAGCUGUACAUGCCAUUCCCGAGGGCGAGCCUGAUCAGGUGGUAGAAGAGAAGACAUCGAGCGAUCAAGCAGCUUUAUACCGACUGAACGGAGACAGAAACCCGCUGCACAUAGAUCCGACCGCCAGCGCCGCAGGAGGUUUCAAAACACCCAUUCUCCACGGCCUUUGCUCAUUUGGUAUCGCUACUAAGCAUGUAGUUUCGACUUACGGCCCCAUUUUCAGUAUCAAGGUUCGGUUCGCGGGAACCAUAGAGCCUGGGCAAUCGCUCAAGACCAAAAUGUGGCUUCAGGGUAAGAAUGUUAUUUUUGAGACCGAGGUCAAGGAAACUGGCAAGGUGUGUCUUGCUGGGGGAGUUGCGGUUCUGCGUGGUAUGGCCAAGACUCACUUGUAG